AUGAUCGAUUCUAUGGUUUCCUUUAACCCUCCCAAAACCCUCCACACAAAAAUUUCACUUUCCCCAUCACUCAUUACCUCUACAACCAGAAUCACUUUCAGACCAAACAAAUUCAGAAUCGCAACCAUUCGCGCUUCAUCAUUGCGAAAAGAAACCGAACAACAACCUUCUUUUGGAGACACUCUCCUCAACAGCACUCGCAAACACCAAGUUCUUGAUGCUGUCACAACUUUCCUUUCAAAUUGCCUCUCUGAAACUAACCUGCAUUUGACAGUUCCUUCUCUCAAAUCGAAAACUCGCGGAAAAGUUCGAGAUAUUUACGAUACUGAGGAUUAUCUUGUUUUAGUGACCACUGAUCGCCAGAGUGCUUUCGAUAGGGUUCUUGCUUCCAUUCCUUUCAAAGGCCAGGUUCUUAAUGAAACAAGUCUGUGGUGGUUUGAGAGAACUAAGCACAUAGUUUCUAACGCAGUUGUGUUGUCUCCAGAUAAAAACGUUACAAUAGCAAAGAAAUGUUCAGUUUUCCCUGUUGAGUUUGUUGCUAGAGGAUUUGUCACCGGAAGUACCGAUACAUCUUUAUGGACGGUCUACAAUAAAGGCAACCGUAACUACUGUGGAAAUGUCCUGCCAGAUGGGAUGGUUAAAAAUCAAAAGUUGUCUAAAAAUAUACUCACUCCUACUACCAAGGCUGCGGAUCAUGAUGUUCCAGUCACUCCAGAUGAGAUUAUAGAAAAGGGACUGAUGUCUCGAGCUGAUUAUGUAGAAGCGAGUGAAAAAGCAUUAGGCCUUUUUGAAUAUGGACAACAAGUGGCUUUAGAACAUGGACUUAUAUUGGUAGAUACUAAGUAUGAGUUCGGGAAGGCAAAUGAUGGAUCAAUUUUGUUGAUUGACGAGGUCCAUACUCCUGAUUCGAGUAGAUAUUGGAUCGCCAAUUCUUACUUGGAGCGCAUUCAAAAUGGUCUUGAGCCUGAAAAUGUUGAUAAGGAGUUCUUGAGGCUGUGGUUCAAAAGUCACUGCAACCCUUAUGAAGAUGAGAUCCUUCCCGAUGCUCCUGAAGAUCUUGUUUGUGAAUUGGCUUGGCGGUACAUUUUCUUAUACGAGAGUAUAACAAAAUCAAAGUUUGAGAUGCAACUGACCGAGGAGCCAAUACAUGAUCGAAUAUCGCGAAAUGUUGCAUCUGCACUAGCAUCCUUAAAGUAA